AUGUAUUAGAAUUAGUAUUAUUAUGAUUGCUAUUAUUAUUAUUCCAAGCUACGAUGCUUCUUCCGGCAUUAUUCUUCUUAUUUCAAAGCAGAGUGGAGCAACAUUUGUCUGCGAUUUGUCCUUCGAUCGGCUUCUCCGCGGUGACAUUUCUCUUGCUUGAAGUUAUUUAAAGCUGGUCGAUCUCCCCGGGGUACGCUCCAUUCAUAUUGGGGUAUAGAUAUUAUUAUUACUACCAUACUCAACCUUUAUUAACAUCCUCUCCUCCUCCUCUCUGUUAUCUCUCUCUCCCUGAUCAACCACAACCAACAACCAUGUCGGCCCGCGCUCAGGUUCCCGAUAUCAUCAACAAGCCCGCUCCCGGCGUUUCCUACUUCACUCCUGCCCAGGAACCUCCAGCUGGAACAGCUGCUGACCCCCAGUCCGAUGGCACCAAGCCUCCCAAGCUCUUCACGCCUCUCAAGCUGAGAGGUCUCACUCUGCACAACCGCAUUGGGCUGUCUCCCCUCUGCCAGUACUCCGCCCAGGAUGGCCACAUGACUGACUGGCAUCUCGCCCAUCUGGGAGGCAUCGCCCAGCGCGGUCCUGGUCUCCUGAUGAUCGAGGCCACCUCCGUUGUUCCCGAAGGACGCAUUACCCCCCACGACGUCGGAUUGUGGAAGGAUUCGCAGAUUGAGCCGAUGCGCCGGGUGAUUGAGUUUAUCCACAGCCAGAACCAGAUCGUCGGUGUUCAGAUCGCCCACGCUGGUCGCAAGGCUAGCACCGUUGCUCCCUGGUUGUCCAUGGGUGACCUGGCCACCGAGAAGGCUGGCGGCUGGCCCGACAACGUCAAGGGUCCCAGCGACAUCCCCUUCACCGACCGUUUCCCUCUGCCCAAGGCCAUGACCAAGCAGGACAUUGAGGAGCUCAAGACCGCCUGGGGGGCUGCCGUCAAGCGUGCCGUCAAGGCGGGCGCUGACUUUGUUGAGAUCCACAACGCCCACGGAUACCUGCUGAACUCCUUCCUCUCUCCGCAGUCCAACAACCGGACCGACGAGUACGGUGGCAGCUUCGAGAACCGCAUUCGUCUGACCCUCGAGAUCGCCGAGAUCACCCGCAAGGCUGUUCCCGAGGACAUGCCCGUUUUCUGGCGUGUCACUGCCACCGAGUGGCUGGAGGAGGUCAAGCCCGACGAGCCCAGCUGGCGCGUCGAGGACACCGUCAAGCUGGCUCAGAUCCUCGCCGACAAGGGCCUGGUCGACUUGAUCGACAUCAGCUCUGGUGGAAACAACAUUCAGCAGAAGAUCAAGGGCGGUCCUGGAUUCCAGGCUCCCUUCUCAGUCGCCGUCAAGAAGGCGGUCGGCGACAAGGUUGCGGUCAGCGCCGUUGGCAGCAUCAACGACGGCAAGCUGGCCAACAAGCUGCUCGAGGAGGACGGUCUUGACUUCAUCUUCAUUGGCCGUGGCUUCCAGAAGAACCCCGGUCUGGUUUGGACCUUUGCUGAGGACCUCGACACUGAGAUCUCGAUGGCCAACCAGAUCCGCUGGGGUUUCACCAGCCGUGCCGGUCCAGUCUUCUUGAAGAAGCGCAGCCAGCAGAAGCACUAAAUCUUACACAAAACGAUGUAACUAGAAUCUCGCGUAUGAGGACUCCCAGACAUGAUUGAUGGUUUUGUUAUGGUCUCUCCCCCUUCCUCUAGAGAUACUAUCAUAUAGAGCUUAUGAAUGAAAAUAUUACGGAUGUUAAUCUUUAUUCUUCUCCCUGU